AUGUCGCGCUUCCAGUUGGUUUGUCCUUUUUCUCUUCUAAGGUUUCUUUCCUUAGCUGAAGAAGUUUGUUCCCUUUCUCGCGUCGUUCACUCGACAGGCAAGCGCACCAGCCGUAAGAUCCUGAAUUUUUAUUUUGUUUUCCCAAAUCAUAACUUUCUUAAACUAGCCUUCUGACCUUUUGUCUAGCAAUGACUCUCGGUAUGGUUUUGAAAGGGUACAUGACUGUAGAUAUAUCUAAAGGAAAUAUUCUCCGCAUUGAUGGACUUUAUUUUGGAACUCUUCAUGUAUUAUAUGUAGAGUUUCAAAAUAAAGUCCAUCAACGCGGAGAACAUUUUAUUUAGACAUAUCUACAGAUAUGCGGCACACUCUGUAUUGAUUUUGCCGCAGGAGACAACUGACAGGAGAAUUAGGAGUUGUAUAAAUCUCCGCUUCUGAUGCCUUCCCCCGUCGACCUUUCUUAUUCGUAGUGUGAUGCCGGUUGGCGAGCUGUCUCUGCGACAUUCCAAUCUAUUUAGUGAGUCUUGGAUGCACAUGCAUCAUCCUGCAGGAUGAUAUUGUCCUGCUACAUCGUGCCCGUUUUGCCUUUGAAACCGUUGAUUCCAAGUCUCUACUUGUCUAUUUAUGUCCUACUUCAUGAAGCGUCGUCAACGUUUCACCAGAUACCUAGAAACCAUCGUCUUAGAAAGGGUAGUCCAGGUUAACAGCAAACUGUUCAAGAAGUGUCGGCAUUUUACUCGUUAGGCACGGGGGGUCUAUCAACUGUUUACUUCCAGAAAUGCAGGUCGUCCUGCUCAUAUCGGGACAAUACCAUAUGGUCGGUUUUGUGCACGCUUUAUUAUAUCCAGCGUGUUACGGGAGCGUCUCAAGUGGAUGAUGUUCAUUGCCUCUUCGACCCUCCACUUAGCGGCACGAUGUUUGCAAACGCAGUAUUCAACUUUAUAGCAAACAUGGUAGCCAAACAAGUGCUAAUUGUGCCAUCCUGCAUAUGCGAACAAAGUAACGUUUUCCAGAUUGCUACAUACUUGGUCCCUCAACCAGGCUUCUUGUGAUAUAUGACUGCCCGACACGUCUGCUUCCUAGGUGAAGAGUCCAUCCUCUAUGCUCAUAUUUGGUUGCGAGAUUAAACUUUUUGUUUUCCUGUACUGGUAGGCGAGUUUGCCUAUGUUUGUCUCUAGUCGACGAAUUUAUUUGCUAAAUUUUUUUGGUACCAGAAGCCAUGGAAGGCCAUGAGACUCAAUCAUGUUGCAAUUGCCGUUCCCAACCUUGAGAAGGCAUCUGCAUUCUACAGGGAUGUUAUAGGGGCCAAAGUUAGCGCUCCGGAAGUAAGUUGUACUUGUUGCUAACCAUUAAUUCUAACAAUCUGUUCGUUAUUUGUCUUGUUCAUGAUAAACGAAUAUAUCCGAGAGGAAUUUUAUUUAAAUACAACCUUUGUUUGUUCUGAAUGAGGUCCCUUAUUUGAGUACUUUCUGGAUAAAGACGGUAAAGUAAGGAAUCGAGGUCUUCUAACGAUGCGAUUCCUGGUUUUCUGUUUUUAAAAAAAUUUAUGCCUUUUUAUGCAUCUAUAUUACGUAGAUAUUUGGCGAAGCACAGGCCUUUGCCACCCUCUUAGCGUUUUUUGUCCAUAUUCUCCUGCUGAUCAACGAAUCAUUGUGUAAAUCAGUAAGGAAAUGCAUUCAUGAAGCUCCUAACAAACCGGCCUGCAUUUGGCUGAGUCUCCUCUCUUCAUCCUUUGAUAUUUUAUCUCCCUAAUCCACGGUUGACAGACCGGACUCUUAACUGGCCUGCUAUACAUUUUCUGAAUCACUGUGGCACUUCCUACGCCCUUCAUCUUUCACCUUUAAGCACUUUACGCGUUUUUCCCGUAUAAUUUUGACUUUAGUUUUCAUAAUCUUUUGCAUAUCUAUUUUCUUCGCGUCAUCAUUUUACAAGAGUGGAGGCGUAUCCCGUUUUAUUUGACUGUAUUAUUAAGACGUGAAAUUUCUUUUAUUUUAAAUGACUGAUUAAGUUUUCUGGCGUCUUUCUUUAGCCGCAACCAGAGCAUGGAGUCUAUACUGUUUUCGUUCAACUAGACAACACUAAAUUAGAGGUAGGUUCCCAUGUCACCGCUCACCUUGUGUUUCCGAAGCUUCUGUCACCACUCGGCGACAAGAGCCCGAUCAAGGGAUUCCUCGAGAAGAACAAGGCUGGCGGUAUUCAUCAUAUCUGUCUUGACGUAAGUCCUAGAGCAUUUCACGAACAAUUAUUUUUUCAGCCUCAGAAUUGGACUUAUGUGCCCAGGAUUUCCCACCAACGCUCUUAUGCGUUCUCUAGCGGGUCUAUCUAAUUGGGACUGGGGUUUUUGUUGGACAAACAUAAGAAGUUAAGAAUCUACGCCUUAAGACUCGAGCAGUCGCUGACAGGCGCAUUUAAGUUAAGUUUAAGAAUUGAAGUACGACUUUUCAUGUUACCGGGGUAUCCUUGUUUUGUUACUUAGUGUUGGCUACUUGCAUUAGUCCUUUAAAGGACGACUAUCCCAUUCCCAUCUGAAGCAAAGUUUUUAGCACUGCACCUACGCUAUGCGUCCUUUAUUGCCGCGUACUCAGUAGGUAACCAAACAAGCGGCCUGCCACCUAGUUGACUGGAAUUCAUGGUUAGACCGUUCAUUUCGGAUAAUAACUAAAUAUUCACAACGAACAAUAUUGUCAACACAGGCAGAAACAGGCUUAUUUUGGAAAAUCACUGAUAGUCGGAGUGAAAAUCCUCGCCAUGCAACAUUUCAGGCAGGCACGACAUUACUCUAGACUGGAUAACAAGUUCAGGUCUCGCGCUGCGUUCUAACGCAUAUUCGCCCCACUUUUCUUAAUCUGGGUUUUUGGAGUUCGUGGGUGAUGACCACCUCCGCUCAUUAAAGUUCGUGCAUUGAUUCCUGUAAGUGGCGGCUGUAAACAAGUCCUAACCUGUAAGAGGCCCGGAUUUAUGCAAACUGUUAAUCUCAUCAAUUGGUUUUCGUGUCACUGGGACUAGGUUUCAGACAUCAAGGCCGCCAUCAAGGACCUUGGCGCCAAGAACGUGCGAACCCUGGGCAAUGAGCCGAAGACCGGAGCUCACGGCUACCCAGUCAUCUUUUUGCACCCGAAGGAUGCCAGCGGAGUUCUCACUGAACUGGAAGAGCCCGACGAAGCAUGGAAGAAGGCGCAUCAGAAGAAAUAG